AUGUCAAAACCCAGGCAAUUUACUCUGCGUGUGCAGUCAUCAGAGGGAACAAAACGUAUAGAAGUGCAAGCUUCUGAUACACUUACCCGUCUUUAUGAAAAAGUAUAUGAAGCUUUCAAUUUGAGUAGUUUUGGAUUUAAUCUGUGUAAGCAACGAAAUCAUAAGGAUCCACUUAUAUCUACUAAAAGUAAAACAGUAUCAGGGAUUGGUCUUUGUCAUGGAGAUAUGCUUUAUCUUGUGCCAGUUAAUGGUACGCAGUUAUGGAGUACUCCAUCAACCAGCAGUGCUUCUGUUAUUUCCAUAGAACCAGGACCAAUGGAUACCACAGGAAGUACAAAUCGUACAUCCGGCCUCUCACGAUCUCUGCCAAAUAUAGUUGAGAACGAUGUCGACGAACAAUUGUGGAAGCUUGAUGGUAAAAUCCAACGUAAACGUGAUGAGAAGCUUUGUCGACACGGAGCAAGAGGAUGCUGCGUACAUUGUUCACCUUUGGAACCUUUCGACGAAAUUUACUUAAAAGAACAGAAUAUCAAGCAUCUGUCCUUUCACUCAUAUCUCAGGAAGCUCACUGCCGGAGUUGAUAGGGGCAAAUUUAUACAAUUAGAUGAUAUAAGCUGCCGUGUAAAGACUGGCUGCAAAGACCAUCCGCCGUGGCCACGAGGUAUUUGCAGCAAGUGCCAACCACCCUCGAUUACGCUCAAUCGCCAGACUUAUCGCCACGUGGAUAAUGUCAUGUUCGAGAACGCUAGUUUAGUGGAGCGUUUUCUCAAUUACUGGCGCGGCACGGGCCUCCAACGUAUCGGUUAUCUGUACGGUAGAUACGAAGUACAUUCAGAUGUCCCGCUGGGAGUUCGAGCUGUCAUUGCGGCUAUAUACGAGCCACCGCAGGAAAGUACAAAGGACACGAUAAGACUUCUACCGGAUGAGAGAGAAGCUUUGGUCGAAGAGUUAGGCCGCAUGCUUAAUCUAUGGCGAGUUGGAUGGAUUUUUACUGACCUCAUAGCCGACGAUGUCAAGAAAGGAACGGUCAAACACGUUCGUAAUAUAGAGAGUCACUUUCUAUCUGCUCAAGAGUGCAUUAUGGCUGGAUACUUCCAAAACCAAUACCCAAAUCCCUGCCGUUUCUCGCCUAAUGGUUAUUUCGGUUCGAAAUUUGUAACCGUUUGCGUUACGGGUGAUGAUAAGAAUCAAGUUCAUAUGGAAGGUUAUCAAGUAUCUAAUCAGUGUAUGGCAUUGGUACGAGAUGGCUGUUUGGUUCCUACGAAAGACGCACCGGAGUUAGGCUACGUAAUUGAGUCGACCGAUAAACAAUACGUCCCGGAUGUCUUCUAUAAGGAAAAGGACACAUAUGGGAACGAGGUGUCGAGAUUAGCGAGACCUUUACCAGUAGAAUAUCUGCUAGUGGAUGUACCUGCAUCCACACCGCUUACUCCUCAAUUUACUUUCUUCACGGAUGACAAAAUCACUCCAUUUCCAGUCGAAAACAGGCAAAUUGAUGGACAAGUUCAAGAGUUUAGUGCGUUGUGCACUUAUAUGCAACAGUUUAAUGCAGAUCAAUUCUUGGAAGCAACUUCUGAUUUUCAUUUGCUGCUCUUCAUUGCCACCAUGGAUAUGUAUCCUAUGAAGGACUACAUGUUGCCUUUGCUUGAAGCUAUUCGCAAUAAGGAUAAACAGAAAGCAAUGAAAUGGGCACAUUCAGAACAUUGGGCAACAGUGGAGCAAUUAAUAUCCGCAUCCUCCACCUCACGUUCACCGCAAGUAUCUUUGGGCAGUAACUCGAGAACGUCAUCUUCUGCAGUUGUAGAGGGUAAUGGAGGAGGAACAGGUGUUGGUACAGAACCUAUGGCAGCGAGUCCACCUGCAGAUCGACCUCAAGCUCUCUGGACCUGCUCCCACUGCACUUUUCUUAAUGCUGCAGAUUUAGCAACUUGCGAGAUGUGCAACUUACCAAGGUACUCAUAAUACAAACCUGUGUACGCCAAGAGUGUCAACAACAAAUCCAACGCGUGCGUUUAUAAAAAAAGGGGUGCUGUCUUUAAAUCUACUACUUUGCUU